AUCAUAACCAAAAGAUGUUUUCUUUGAAUCAUCUCUCCGUCUUUGCUGUGAUUGGCUUCCUGCUCCUCCUGUUCACCUGCAAAGGUGAGUCACAGCAGACGGAUUCGGUCACAGUAACGGCCGGUGAGGUCGCGGUUCUGCCGCUUUUCCUGAAUCCUCCUAAAGAUGCGACUAAGAUGACAGUGGAGUGGGGAAGACCCGACCUGAAACCCAGAUUUGUGUUUGUGAAUCUCGAUGGUGAAGAAUAUGCAGACGAACAAAACGAAGCCUACAGGGGAAGAUCGUCAAUGUUUCCUGAAAAUCUGAAAAAUGGAGACAUUUCACUGAAACUCUCUGAUGUCAGAAUAUCUGACAAUGGAAAAUACAGAUGCUACUUACCGAAAGAGAAGAAAGAAUAUUUUGUUGAGCUUGUUGUUGGCUCCGUCUCCUCACCUGCGGUCAGUUUAUCUGGACUGGAUGUGAGCAGCAGUGGAGUGAUGCUGGACUGCAGCGCUGCAGGCUGGUAUCCAGAACCUGAGCUGCUCUGGCUGGACGCAGACGGAAACAUCAUGUCUGCUGGACCUGCAGAGAAAAGCUCCGAUCCUGAUGGCGUUUACACCGUUAGCAGCAGAGUGACUGUAGAGAAGAGAAACUACAACAACUUUACCUGCAGAGUCCAGCAGAGAGACAUCAACCAGAGCAGAGAGACACACAUUCAUGUUCCAGAUGGUUUCUUCGUGUCUCAGCCUGACUGCAGUGUUUUUGACAUUUUUGCUGUGAUUCUGGGAAUCAUAAUUAUUAUUGGAGCUGCUGGUUUUACCUGGAAAUGGAGACAAACUGAAAACUUAAAGAAGAAACUGAAAUGGGAAAUGAAUGAGGAGAAAAAAGAAAAAGAGAAAAAGCUUGAGGAGGAGAUAAAAUACAGAAAUGAGGAUCAGAAAAUUAUUGAUCAGCUGAUUGAAUUAUUAAUGAUGAUGUCAGAGGAUCUGAAGAAUCAGAGAAAAACAAUCAAUGAUCAAAGAGAGAAGACAGUGAGAAUGACUGAUGAGGAUGAGAAGAAAUUUAACACAGUUAUUGAUGAAGAGAGAAACCAGACGGGGAACAAGAUGAAGUAUAAAGCAGAAGGAUAUUUAAAACUGAAGGAAAUGAUGACAGAGAUCCUGGAUAAACUGGAAAAGAGCAAGAAAGAUCAUCAACAAGUGGAACUGAUGACAGAGAAACUAAUAGAUAAAACAUUUAAAGAUGUUGAUAAGCUGAAGGAGAGGAAACAGGAAAUAGAGAAAAAUGUACAGGAAAUAAAAAAACAACUUGAAGAAAUGAAAACAUGAAUGUGAUUUAACUGCAGAGACAGAAACUGAUCAACUUCAGUUGAUUUCUGUCAGAAAAUACGUCGAGUUUCAAUUCAGCAGAUUUGCUGAUUUUUAAUUAAAGUUUUUUUCUGAGUAGAAAUAUAAGAUGAAAAUAUUUUCUCAGAUACAAAGUUUUCUUCUCAUGAUGUUUAGAAA